AUGGAAGGGAAAGCGGCCACAUGCAAAGAGAAAAGCAGCUUUAUUCCUCUUAGAAAAAGUACGAAACGAAAAGCAACAGGGGAGGAAGACAACUUUAUGAAAUCCUACUACCAUGAGCUUGAAAAUAUCACACAACUUUCAGAAGAACAAAUUGAUGAAAUAAGAUGGCAAAAUGGCAUCGAAAUUCAAGGAGAAGGCUGCCCCAAACCCAUAACAAGUUUUAAGGAUUUGACUUUGCCUCCUGAACUGCAACAAUACUUGGUUAACAAUGGUUACAUUAGUCCCACUGCAAUUCAAAUGCAAGCACUUAGCUGUGUGAUGAGCGGUAGAGACAUCAUUGGCUUAGCAGAGACUGGGUCUGGGAAAACUUUGGCAUAUUCCCUACCUCUGUGUAUGUUUCUGAAAACAAGGAAGCCAUGCUUACCUGGUGAAGGACCUGUGGCUCUUAUUUUGACUCCUACAAGAGAACUUAUGCGACAAGUGUCAGAUCAUGUGUCUGGAUUGCUUAACUGCAUCAUGACAAGAGCGUUGGAAAAGACUUCUGAUGUUUUCUGUAGUAAUGCUCAGGGUAUCAGCACAGAUCAGUUGAAGUACUCAAACAUGGAAGAUACUAAUCACAUGGCCACUUACUUACCUUACAAGUUUUUGAAUACGGGAAUGUCAACAAUGCCUAGCUUCCAUCCUUUAGCAAAUGAUUUGGUGUCUUCAGCUUACUCAUCUCAAGGAAUAGCCCCAAUUAGCACAAAAUACCAGUCAGUAGGAAUUUGCGGUGGUGUGCCCAUUUCAAGUCAAGUACAGGAGCUGAAGACCGGUGUUGAUGUUGUCAUAGCAACACCUGGAAGGUUGCUGGACCUGUGUGACCGUGGUCUGCUUAGCCUGGAUAAGGUUUCAUAUUUAGUAAUGGAUGAGGCAGACAAGAUGCUUGGAAUGGGGAUGGAGGAACAGUUAAGGAAGGUUGUAGGGCUUGCAACUGGUACCAUCAGGGCCAGACAGACACUGCUAUGGACAGCUACCAUGCCAGAAUCUUUAGAGCGACUGGCAAGAUCUGCAGUGUUGAAUCCCAUUACUAUCCAGGUGGGACCAGUUGGUCUGAUAUCUCCGACUAUACAACAAAGCGUCAUGUUUUUGUAUCAUUAUGAAAAACCAGCAAAACUCCUUCAAGUCCUCCGAAGCACUCCUUGUCCUCCUGUCAUUGUUUUUACAUCGUCUAUUCAAAAUGUGGAUUAUGUCACAGAAUUGCUCAAGAAAGAACAGUUUCAUACAUCAGGGCUUCAUUCUGAAAAAUCACAGGAUUAUCGCUUUAAGCUGGUGAGCGCGUUUCGUGAAGGGAAGGUAGACGUGUUGGUGGCAACAGAUGUUGGUUCAAGAGGCUUGGACUUCCCAGAAGUAACACAUGUCAUAAACUAUGAUUUACCAGACAGCAUUGAAGGUUAUGUUCACCGCUGUGGUCGAACUGGCCGCAUGGGGCAUUUUGGAGUUGCAACAUCAUUUCUUACUUUAGACUGCAAGAUUGCUGAAGAACUCAAAGAAAUGUUAGUGGUUAUGGAUCAAGUUGUUCCUAAAGAGCUUGAGAAUGCAAAACAAUUUGGCAAAAGGAUUAUUAAGACCGAGCUUGGUGAUAGAAUUGUGGACUUUUGAUCAUGUAAUGAAUAAUUUCCUGGAUAUAAGUGCUUUGUGAUGUUCAGAAUCUGAGUGUCAGUGUAAUGUGGUUUUAUUAAAAAAUAAAAUGCAUUUGUAUAGUGCUAGAAUCUCCAGUGUUCAAAAGAAUGCACUGUAAAAACCCUUAAGUUGUACAAAAUGUACUAAAAUGCGAAUAAAAAUA